CUGAAGUCGGAGGAGAGUGACUUGCUGGCUGUUAAGGCGAUUGAGGGCUACGGAAAGUGGGUCUCACCGCCAACUUCCGCUUCUUCUUUCUGACUGCAGAACUCGACUCGAUCAGUGACUCGAUCUACCUUGCUUGGGAAGGGGGAAACAGGGAAAAAAUCGCAUUCAUCUGAACCUCACCAACUCGCGAUCCUAUCUACUAUUAUCAUCAACGCGACCAACUAUCCACCACCUCCCUCCCCCACCUCUCUCCAGCAAACAUCACCACUUCAAAGCAACUCAUAAACCAAAAUGUCCGAACCCGGCCCCGAAUCGAUUCCCACGAGCGCCGACCCGCGCAGCAAACGCCCCGUGAAGCGCCGCGCCGUGACGGCGCAGAACGAACAAGCCUCGAAGAUCGAGACGCUGUUCCGUGACCCCUCGAAAGAAAUCCGGCUGCCGAACGCCUCGCGCCAAAAGACCUCCGCGACCCUGCCUGCCCCGCCAGAAAUCGUGGCCAACGUGCAGGGCUCCUCGGCCGGUGCCGGGUCCGGCGAGUUCCACGUCUACAAGGCCAGUCGGCGACGCGAGUAUGAGCGCCUGAGGCUGAUGGAGGGCGAGGUGAAGAAGGAGAAGGAGGACGAGGAGUGGGAUCGGCAGAGGGAGGAGACGAGGAAGAAGGAUGAGGAGAAGACGGAGAAGAAUCGGCGGAGGAGGGAGAAGAAAAAGAAUGUGAAGAAGGGAGGUAAUGGGGAUAAAGGGAAGGAGAGGGAUGCAAUGGUGACGGACGGGGCUGCUUCAGCUGGAGCUGGGGAUGGGACUGCUACGGGGGAGGCUGCGCAGGCGGAGGAGACGCCGGGUCUCAUUAUUCAUGAUGAUUAGGGGCUGGAAGACUUGCCAAACUGUACUUUCGGGGUACAGUGUACGAUAGAAGAUACCCAUGUAAUUUUUAGUCUAGGAUAUACAAAGUCCAGAGGUAA